AUGAGAGUCCUGGUCGCCGUCUUAUUGGCCGUAUCGCCCGCGUUGGCGUGCAUCGGAGGUGCCGGAAGUGCCGGAGGAUGCUGCCCACCUUCCCAGCCGUCGUGCGGAGCAGCUACUCCGCCGUGCUCUAGCUCCAGGUAAUCAAUUGCUUCCUUUCGUUUGUUCUCGUUCCAAUUCUAGUUAAGCUGCCUUAUAUAUCUUUCGAUUCUCAAAGGAUCAAAGAACUUUCCGAGUGUCUCUCUGGCUCCUAUUGGCCACAAUCUCAGUUCUCAAAAAUGUCUGCAAGCGGAACAGCGUGAAACCCUGUUCUAGCAUGUCUGAGAGUUUGGAUUCUGAUAGUGUCACAUUAUCUCGGACUGUUCCCUGGUCUUUCAAAUGUAACAUUUCGGCAACUAAUUGUCCGCCCGAUACAGAAAUCUUUUGUAAUCCAAUAUCCAUUUCAAACUUUAAACAAUUUCUCGAGAACUCUUGACUCACUUCUCUUCGCUUUUCUAUUUGAUCCUUCGCUUUCCGGUGGCGACAAGAUCAUUCUACUCGCCACCCCAUUUAUGAAAAUGUCCUUUUCAUGUCCGAAACCUGCUUCCUUUCGCCCGUAAAUGUGUUCACUUACAGUUACGCAAGUGGCGGAAGCUACGCUGCCGCCCCGCCGCCGCCGCCUCCGCCGCCGCCACCACCGGCACCGAUCGGAGGAGGAUACCAGGCUUCCCCAGCUUUCUUGGGUGGCGCCGGACCAAUUGCUGGAGGAGCUUACUCUCAAGGACCAGCCCAGGGAUACCAGGGACCAAUCGGAGGAGAAGUCGGACCGUCUGCUGGAGGUUACCAGGCUGUUGGUCAGCAAGGACCAAUCGGAGGAGGAGCCUACCAAUCUGGCCCAUCCGCUGCCAUCGAGACCAUCGGAGCUGCUGCCCAGGGAGGAUACCAGGCUGGACCAGCCCCAGUCGCUCCAGGACCAAUCUCCUCGUACCAGCCAGCCCCAGUUGCCCCAGUUGCCCCACAAGGAGGAGCCUACCAGUCCGGACCAGUCAGCUCUAUCCAGGUCACACAGGUCUCACAAGGAGGACUCUACCAGGCGGCGCCCGAGCAGGCCCCAGUUGCUGUCCAACAAGGUAAGAUCACAUUCCGCAGGCACCGCUUCACCUAGCACUCACUCAUGCACAUUCAGUUGUCGAGCAAGUAGCACCAGUUGCCACGUACACCCAAGGGCCUGUUCCAACCCCUGUUGAACAGGUUGUUGAGCAGGUCGUCGAGCCAGCACCAGAGCCAGCACCGGAAGUAGUCCCAGAGCCAGCACCAGUCGCUGCACCAGAACCGGCCGUCGUUGAGACCGUUGAGACCGUCGAGACCACCCAAGAAGAGGUUGUUCCAGAGGUUAUCGCUGAGACUGAGGCCCCAGUCAUUGCCGAGACCGAAGCCCCAGUCAUCGUCGAGACCGAGGCCCCAGCUGUUGUUGAGACCGAGGCUCCAGUCGUCGUCGAAGAGACCCCAGCUCCAGUCGUCGAGCAGGCUCCAGUUGCUGCUGCCAAGGAAGAGAGCACUUAUGAUGACAUCGUCGAGGAGCAACCAGCUGCCUCCACCGAAGCUGUCGCGUCCGAGAACGUCGAUGCCGUCGAGGUAUUCUCAUUCAAUUCUAUCUGAUCUGAUCAAAUUCACACUGCCCAUUCCAGGAGACUAACGAGGCUGUCGAGUACGCCGAUGAGGAGGGAGACGAGGGAAACUGCGACGAUCCGGAGCUCCGCGCCAUCGUUGAGAGUGCCUUGAAGAACGAGAAGGUCAGUUCGUUCGGGUUGUUACGUCUUCAGCUUCCUUGUCGGCGCCUUCCGCCACCGAUUACAUCACCGCGCGGGGAGGGAAAACUUGAUAACGGGCACGGCAACAAAAACUGGAUAUAUCGUUAGCGUACCUAUUUACAACACCAUCUGCCCGUACGUACCUUAAUGACAUUUAAGAAAUGUUGCAAACCCGGUUUGGAUUAUGUAAAUGGGAUGGCGAAAUGAUACUGGCCAACUGGAAGCCAUUGAUCAGGCUAACAAGGGGAAGAAGGGGAUGGGAGAGACUUGGCUAUAAAUCACUCGAAUAGCCGAACACUUGCAAUUACCUGAGACGGGAACCGGAGACAAAUCCAAUUAUCCGGAUGGGUGCAACAGGGAUUGACAUGCCAAUCAGUCUCGUUUCAGGACAACCUGGAAGCUGCCCGCAAGAUCGAGGGAGACGCUUCGGCCAAGUUCGGAGGACGCUUCAACGCCAUCGUUUCCGACGCCGAGUUCGCCUACGUCAACUGGUACGGAAAGAGAAACUGCCAGCUGAGAUACGAGAACCGCCACUCGCUCACCUGGGAGGACUAA